AUAAAAGGGGAGCUUUAUAAGCUCGCUGUUCCCACCCACACACACAAACGCAGUAUAGUAAAAGUGGGUAAACUAAAACGAUGAACAAACCCAACCCUUCCCUCCACUCCAUCUCUUACUCUUAAUUCUAUCCCUUAACGCUUUCACAUUUCAAUGGCCGUUAUAUCUCUCUCUCUGUUCCCUCCCUCUUCUUGUCCUUGCUUCUGCGGCACCAUCCAUCUUCGCUCUCACAGCAACUUCAUUUCCAUUCAUUCCCCUUCCCCCCUCCCUUUCUCCUCAAUUUCAAAUCCAAAGCUCUCUCCCUCUCCAAGACGCUUCCACACCGUCUUCGCAGCUUCCUCCGAUUAUUAUUCCACUCUCGGAGUCCCCAAAUCUGCCACCGGCAAGGAAAUCAAGGCCGCUUAUCGAAGAUUAGCUCGUCAGUACCAUCCUGAUGUAAACAAGGAGCCUGGGGCAACUGAAAAGUUCAAAGAGAUUAGUGCUGCGUAUGAGGUGCUAUCAGAUGAUAAAAAGAGGGCUUUAUACGAUCAAUAUGGCGAGGCAGGAGUUAAGAGUACAGUGGGAGGAGCAUCAAGUGCCUAUACGACAAAUCCAUUUGAUUUAUUUGAGACAUUUUUUGGGCCAAGUAUGGGUGGCUUUGCUGGAAUGGAUCCAACUGGAUUUGGAACGCGCCGACGUAGUACCAUUACUAAGGGUGAAGACAUCCGGUAUGAUUUCUCCUUGGAGUUUUCUGAGGCAAUUUUUGGAACAGAGAAAGAAUUUGAGCUUUCUCAUUUAGAAACAUGUGAAGUCUGUACUGGUACUGGAGCAAAGAUAGGAUCCAAGAUGAGAGUAUGUUCAACUUGUGGUGGUAGGGGUCAGGUGAUGAGGACAGAGCAAACACCUUUUGGGCUGUUCUCACAGGUUUCUGUAUGUCCAAAUUGUGGAGGAGAUGGUGAAGUCAUAUCUGAAUAUUGUCGUAAAUGCAAUGGUGAAGGACGGAUACGGGUUAAGAAAAAUAUUAAAGUUAAAGUUCCCCCUGGCGUUAGCUCAGGCAGUAUUCUAAGAGUUGCUGGGGAGGGCGAUGCAGGACCAAGAGGGGGUCCUCCAGGAGAUCUUUAUGUGUAUCUUGAUGUGCAAGAGAUACCAGGAAUUCAAAGAGAUGACAUCAAUUUGUGCUCUACAAUCUCAAUCAGUUAUCUAGAUGCUAUAUUGGGGACAGUUGUGAAGGUUAAGACAGUUGAAGGUAUUUCUGAACUACAAAUACCUGCUGGUACCCAACCUGGAGAUGUCCUCGUCCUUGCAAGGAAAGGUGUACCAAAAUUAAAUAAACCAUCAAUACGUGGUGACCACUUAUUUACAGUUAAAGUUACAAUACCAAAACGUAUUAGUACAAAGGAGCGUGAGUUGCUUGAAGAACUUGCUUCUCUAGGUGACACAGGCAGGCGUUCAAAACCCCGUCCUCGGACUCACUCUUCCAGUGGUACUGAAGGUCCUGUAUCUCAAAGGGCUGAAAGUCCAACCGCAACAGUCGAAGAAAAAAAUGAAAAAUCAGAAGACCAAAAUGAUAUUUGGAAUAAAUUAAAGGAUUUCGCUGGGUCUGUGGCAAAUGGAGCUUUAAAGUGGCUGAAAGAUCUCUAGUCCCAUGCAUUUUUUUGGUGAUCCAGAGUCUCCACGAUGUAGUUUACCUAUUGCGUGUGAGAGUUCUUCAAAUGCUUGAACUAAUCAAACAAUAAAUCAUGCAUAUUCUUUUAUUUAUUUUACUUGUAAAUUUUGGCACAAGGCGAUUUAUACAGUAUAACUUGUUCAAGGAUCUUCAGAUUGUACUCCACGAGCAGGUUGCACUAGAGAAAGCCAGUGUAUGUCUACUAGGGAGUCUAAGCUCUAUGUGAGUGAAUUACCAAAAAUUAGUUGUUAUUAAGUAAAUCUUUUUGUUUAGUUCGGGUAAAAUUUUCGUUUCAUAGACCC